AGCACUCUGCGCGCCCGCUCCUGUGCUGCUGGUUGUCUACUUCUUCUUGCUUCCCCGCCACCGCCGCCAUCAUGAGGGAAAUCGUGCACUUGCAGGCCGGGCAGUGCGGCAACCAAAUCGGCGCCAAGUUUUGGGAGGUGAUCAGCGAUGAGCACGGCAUCGACCCCACGGGCACCUACCACGGGGACAGCGACCUGCAGCUGGAACGCAUCAACGUGUACUACAAUGAGGCCACCGGCGGCAAGUACGUGCCCCGCGCCGUGCUCGUGGAUCUGGAGCCCGGCACCAUGGACUCCGUGCGCUCGGGGCCCUUCGGGCAGAUCUUCCGGCCGGACAACUUCGUUUUCGGUCAGAGUGGUGCUGGGAACAACUGGGCCAAGGGGCACUACACAGAAGGCGCGGAGCUGGUGGACUCGGUGCUGGAUGUUGUGAGAAAGGAGGCUGAGAGCUGUGACUGCCUGCAGGGUUUCCAGCUGACCCACUCCCUGGGUGGGGGGACUGGGUCUGGGAUGGGUACCCUCCUCAUCAGCAAGAUCCGGGAGGAGUACCCAGACAGGAUCAUGAACACGUUUAGUGUGGUGCCUUCGCCCAAAGUGUCAGACACAGUGGUGGAGCCCUACAACGCCACCCUCUCAGUCCACCAGCUCGUAGAAAACACAGACGAGACCUACUGCAUUGAUAACGAAGCUCUCUACGACAUUUGCUUCAGAACCCUAAAGCUGACCACGCCCACCUAUGGUGACCUGAACCACCUGGUGUCUGCUACCAUGAGUGGGGUCACCACCUGCCUGCGCUUCCCAGGCCAGCUCAAUGCUGACCUGCGGAAGCUGGCUGUGAACAUGGUCCCGUUUCCCCGGCUGCACUUCUUCAUGCCCGGCUUUGCCCCACUGACCAGCCGGGGCAGCCAGCAGUACCGGGCGCUGACCGUGCCCGAGCUCACCCAGCAGAUGUUUGAUGCCAAGAACAUGAUGGCUGCCUGCGACCCCCGCCAUGGCCGCUACCUGACGGUUGCCGCCGUGUUCAGGGGCCGCAUGUCCAUGAAGGAGGUGGACGAGCAAAUGCUUAAUGUUCAAAACAAAAACAGCAGCUAUUUUGUUGAGUGGAUCCCCAACAAUGUGAAAACGGCUGUCUGUGACAUCCCACCUCGGGGGCUAAAAAUGUCCGCCACCUUCAUCGGCAACAGCACGGCCAUCCAGGAGCUGUUCAAGCGCAUCUCCGAGCAGUUCACGGCCAUGUUCCGGCGCAAGGCCUUCCUGCACUGGUACACGGGCGAGGGCAUGGACGAGAUGGAGUUCACCGAGGCCGAGAGCAACAUGAAUGACCUGGUGUCCGAGUACCAGCAGUACCAGGAUGCCACAGCCGAGGAGGAGGGCGAGUUUGAGGAGGAGGCUGAGGAGGAGGUGGCCUAGAGCCUUCAGUCACUGGGGAAAGCAGGGAAGCAGUGUGAACUCUUUAUUCACUCCCAGCCUGUUCUGUGGCCUGUCCCGCUGUGUGCACUUGCUGUUUUCCCUGUCCACGUCCAUGCUGUACAGACACCACCAUUAAAGCAUUUUCAUAGUG